AGUGGGACUGUAUAACGGGCAGGCUGAGAUGGUUCACCGUCUGCCUGGACACGGUGCUGCAAAGCUUAGACUAGUGAAUCUCAGCGCUGACUGCACAUCUACCUGUACAGAUGGCUCCACAGACUGGCUCCGCUGAGAAGGAGACGCGACCCGUUUCAGCCUUUCUACAGCUUUUCACUUGGGAAGACAUCAGAAUCCACAAUGGCCGUGGCCAAGGUCAGGAGCAGUGGCUGGUGAUUGACAGGAAGGUUUACGAUGUCAGCGAGUUUUCCAAACGCCACCCGGGAGGGAGCCGAGUUAUUACCCACUAUGCUGGGCAAGAUGCUACGGAUGCCUUUGUAGCAUUUCACAAUGAUAAGUCUCUGGUGAAAAAAUACUUGAAAUCUCUGCUGAUUGGGGAGUUGGCACCAGAUCAACCCAGCUUUGAGUCUAAUAAAAAAAAAUCGCUUUUAGAGGAUUUUCGUGAGCUGCGCUGCACUGUUGAGAAGAUGGGACUUCUGAGGCCAAAUUACAUCUUUUUCUUCCUGAUUUUCCUUCACCUCCUGGUACUGGAUGCUGCAUCCUGGCUCGUGGUCUGGUACUUUGGGAUAUCCUUAGUGCCUUUCCUGGUUGGCAUUGCAUUCUUCACCAUUGCUCAGAUCCAGAUGGGCUGGUUCCAACAUGAUCUGGGGCACUGCUCUGUCUUCAGGAAGCCUAAAUGGAAUCGACUUCUGCAGAUCGUUGUGAUAAAUGUUCUGAAGGGUUUACCUGCCAGCUGGUGGAAUCACCUGCACAACCAGCACCACGCCAAACCCAACUGCUUCCGCAAAGACCCCGACCUCAACAUGCACCCUCUCCUGUUCAGCUUGGGAAAGACACUCUCUGUGGAGCUUGGAAAACAGAAGAAGAAGUUCAUGCCGUACAAUUAUCAGCAUAAGUAUUUCAUCUUAUUGGCGCCACUUGCACUUGUACCCUUCUUCCAGCUGUCUAUAUUCUACUUUGCCAUCAAGAGGAAAAAGUGGCUGGACCUGUUAUUGAUUGUGUCUUUCAACAUCCGAGUCUGCCUCAUGUAUAUCCCUUUAAUGGGAUUUAACAAUUUCAUGGUGUACUACUGGCUGUCCAGGUACCUAGAGAGUACCUGGUUUAUUUGGGUGUCGCAGAUGAAUCACAUACCAAUGGACAUUGAUUAUGAUAAGAACAAAGACUGGGUAUCUACUCAGCUCCAUGCAACAUGCAAUGUGAAACAAUCUUUGUUCAAUGACUGGUUCACGGGGCACUUGAACUUCCAAAUUGAGCACCACCUUUUCCCCACAAUGCCUCGACACAACUACUGGAAAGCAGCUCCUCUGGUGAAAGCCCUUUGUGAUAAGCAUGGCAUUGAGUAUAAAAGCAAGACUUUACUGACAGCCUUUGUAGAUAUUUUGCAUUCACUGAAGGAUUCUGGGGAGCACUGGCUUGAAGCGUAUCUGCACGGAUAGAAACUGGCAACUCUCAAAGAGAACCUCUUCACCAGACAACUGCUGCAAGGAGUCACUGCAGACCAACCAUGUGUGUGUGUGUCUUCUGGCAUAGAAACUCAGGAGCUGGGCAAAGCUAAUUUCAGUAAGAAUGGGUGGAAAAGUAGGUUAAGGAUAAUUUUUUUUCUUGUUCCAAACCAUGAACCUUUAUUUUUCCUGCUCUUAAACUCAGCAUUUAGAGCCGUGAUGAACUGCCUUUAAACUGGGGAGAACUAGCUCUUGACUUAGCUUGAUGAGUUUGCUUCAUUGGAGGCACCAGUUCAUUGCUUAUGGAAAAAGUUUAAAGGAAAUUCUUCGUAGAGUCAUAGAAUCAUAGAAUGGUUUGGAUUGGGGACCUUUAAAGAUCAUCUAGUCCAACCCCCUGCCACGGGCAGGGACACCCUCCACUAGCCCAGGCUGCCCAAAGCCCCAUCCGACCUGGCCUUGAACACUGCCAGGGAGCCAGGGGCAGCCACAGCUUCUCUGGGCAACCUGUGCCAGGGCCUCACCACCCUCACAGUAAAGAAUUUCUUCCUUAUAUCUAAUCUAAAUCUACCCUCUUUCAGUUUUAAACUAUUUCCCCUUGUCCUGUCACUACAAGCCCUGGUGAAAAGUCCCUCUCCAUCUUCCUUAUAAGCCCUCUUUCAGUAUUGAAGGCAGCAAUAAGGUCUCCUUCUUAGUGCUUUUUGGCUCAGUGGCUCAGUGAAAGUGGGAUAGUAGGACAAAGCAAACUGCAAGAAGUCAGGACACAUUAGAACAGGGAUAUUUAAGGGAUAUUCUAGAAUAGAUAAAAUAAGUGUGCAAAGAAGAAGAUGGCCUGGGGUAUGUCCCCAUCGCUAUUGGUCAUACGUACACGACUUGCUCUAACUACCUGGGUGUUAUAACUAGUACUGUUCAUGGAUUGCACAGGGAGGCGGAUAACUAGAUGCUAAGUUUUACACCUGUAAUAGCUGGUUUGAAUACAGUACGUAGAGUCUGUAUAGCAUGUAUUAUUUAUAUGCAUAAAUACAUGUAUAUAUUUUAAUUGAGUGGUGACUGUGCUGCCUGAUUAGCUUUCUGAUGUGGACCAGCUUUGAAUAAGACCGAGAAGCCUAGGCACCGAGGAGUAGGUCCAGAUUGCAAGGGUAUUUAGGGUACUCUUGCUUUUAUGGACUUUUAAAUAUAUAUAUAAAUUUUUAUCUAAAUGCUUACUUCCCAGUGAUUCCAAGGACCUGUGGGCAUCUACAUUGGUUGUUAGGCAACUAAGUACGUUUGUGGCUCUGUUCCUAUAUCCAAGGGAGGAAUUAAGUCAUACCUAAUUCUGUCAUCACACGCGGGCCUCUUUGGGCCUCGCAAACUUUUCUUCUCUUUCAGCAUCUCCAAGGACCAGCUCCUUUCCUGGAACUCUCUCUUACUGGUUUUGUACCUGGUAUUUAGCAAUUUUUUGGCCCCGAGAAGGACCUAGCCUCUCCCUGCUUAUGGUCAAGGAAAGCUUCUGCUAGUGGAAAGCAUAAUGACCGUCUGUGUAGAGGCACAGUAGCUCUCCAAGAGCACCAGAAUUUGAGAGAGACAACAAAAUGAAGAAGCUAGGAGUGGGCCCAUAGUAGAAUAUCUUCACUGAAAGUGCUUUAAACCUUAUGGGAAAGGUAAACUGUAAAUGAGGAGAGAUGAGCAUUGAAUAACAGUCAAAAGAAAUGGAGGAGGUAUGAAAGAACAAGGAGAUGUGUGGGUAUCAGUUAAUAGCAGGAAAAAAAGGAGGGGGGGGAAAAGCUGAGUGGUGAUAACAUGGUUAUUAGGAAAAGCUAGAAUACAGGAAAAAAGAGAAGUUAUGAGAAUAUCAAUAAAGCUCCGCUUCAUGACUUUUAGAUUGAAAGUCAAUACCUGUUUUGGAAAGAGUGCAUGACCUCUGAUUAAUCUUGCUGAUUUUGCAAAGGAAUGAUGAGUCAAUGAUGACAUUUUCUAACAUCAUUUAUAGCUAAUAUAGUCCAUUAUGAGACAGUUGAGCCAAAAUCUAUAUUGAACUGUAUUCACCUAACUGACCUAAACCCGUGAAUGUACUCUGUAAUGGCAAAUAAGUAGACAAUUUGCCCAUAAAAGCAAAGACCAUGUGGAAGAAAAGUGGUUCUUCUCCUCUGCCAUCCAUAUCCAGAACUCUAUGCCCCAGAUUUCAGUGGAUAAACCACCCAAAGGAGGAAAAUGUGAAAGAUCUUAAAGUGAGAUUUCACCAUGAUCAACAUGAUUCAUCUGCAACACAUUGGUGAGCAAUUCACAUCUAUUACAAGCUACAGACAACAGCAGCCACCUUCUAGGGAACAAAGCCCAACACACAAAGCAGGAGGAGUUUGGACUUUUUAUUUUUGCCUUUGUUUUUUAAGAACAUCUCCAUUUAUUCUUUUUAUUUAUAUUUUUUGUGUGUAUGUGCACGUACUAAUAACACUGUUCUGGGUAAUUCCUAAUAAUAGCUGACAGAUGUCAUUGAAAAGGAUCAUGAUUAAAAAAGUAAUUAUUAAAAAACUGCCGUGAAUGUAAUUUCAAAAUCCUUUCUAACUAGUACCUAGAUGAGUUUUGUGUUCCCAAAUCCAAGGUUGGUUAGAAUGGGGAGAUGGACAAUUAUGUGUAACAGUAGUAACGUUUUAUAAGUAUUUAAGUGCUAGUACUGUCUGAAGAUGAACGCAGGGAUUUCACUGCAUGCUCUAUUUGGUAAUACAUGAAGACAUUUUUAAAUGGAUGUCUUGGUGAAGGUAACACAAACAAUAAGGAUUCCUACAUAUUUUUACCGGUGAGACUUGAAAGCUGUGCUGAUUAGAUCCCGAGUUCCACUGAAAUCCUCUAAAUAAAAAACUGGCACAAAAUGGUUCUUUCUGAUGUCAGUCUCAUAAAUCGAACUGAUCAUUUGUUGCAUUUAGUUGGCAUUCUACUCAUUUGAACACAGUAAUUUAUUGAGUCUGUCGUUUUGCAACCUCAGUUUAAUUAAAAUGUUUCUGUUAAUUGGUUCAA